GCAGCUCGCUCUAGUUACGUGUGUCCGACCGACUCUGACGAAACGAUUCAUUCCUUCGUAUGUUCUAUUAAACUCGCCCCCGUAUUGGAUAAUUCUACGUACCUACGUACGGACCGUGCAUAAUGUGGGAUCCCAUCACGAUCAACAACGGCACGUGCACAUCUUGCUUCGGCUCGAGGGCUAGGCGAUACGGCUCGAUGAUGGACAAGGAAAAUCUCCAGUCCCCUUCGAAGAUGGACGACAUGUCCAUGUACGAGAACAAUAGUCCGAGAAUUGCGCCGAUUUGCAGCUCACCAUCGCACUGCACCCACAACAUAAUACGCCGCCCCUUGGAGGACCACGACUCAAACUCCCAGGACUCCGGUUACAGUGCCAGUUUUCAAAGUGAUCAUGUCACCAAGUACAUGUCCUACACCUCACCCAGCAGGGGCUCCUUCCAGUCCUUCGGCUCCAACUCCAUGGGCUCCAUGGAGGACGAGUUCUUGGAGGACUUCUCCGACGUCGAACCCCUGGAGAAGCACGGCAACCUCCCGGAGGACUUCGAGAAGCUGUUGGACGGCCCGUUGAUCACCAAACCCAAACUGUGCGAGACCCAAACGGAGUUCUGCGCCAGACCUCCCCUACGGAGGUCCUUCUCCCACCAGCCCUCCACCAGGGACACCCCAAACAGUCGGCGCAUCCGCUCCUGCCUCUUCAAAACCGACGACGUCCGCCCCUUCAAACGCCCCGACCCCCCGUCCACGGUCCAAGUGGUGGUUAAAAAGUCCAAGAUCUUCGAGGACGACGAGGACGAGGCUUCGGUGCCCGAGGUGCCCUUCCGCCCCCAAUUAAAACGCGCCUUCUCCGCCACCGAGGAGAGCAUCAUGAGUGCGGUCCAAAGGUCCGCCGACACGGACGACUUGAUCGGCGACUUCAGCAAGAGCUUCUGCCUGCCCCUGACCAACGGCCGUCACCGCGACCUCAAAGCCAUCACGCCGCACACCCUGGCCGCCCUCAUGCGGGGGGAGUUCGACCACAGCAUCGCCUCCUUCAAAAUAAUCGACUGCCGUUACCCGUACGAGUUCGACGGCGGACACAUCAACGGCGCCAUCAACAUCUACACCAAGGACAAGUGCUUGGAGCUGCUCAACGAAAACACGGUGGCCCAGCAGCAGCACAACAAGAGGCACAUCUUGGUCUUCCACUGCGAGUUCUCCAGCGAACGUGGACCCAACCUAUACAGAUACUUAAGGAAGGAAGACCGCCACAGGAACGAGCAGGAGUACCCCUCGUUGAACUACCCCGAGAUUUACCUGUUGGAGGGCGGCUACAAAAAUUUCUUCCAGUACUAUUCCGAAAUGUGCAUCCCGAUUGCCUACAAGGAGAUGCUGCAUCCGGAACACGAGCACGAUCUGCGCCAUUUCCGACAGAAGUCCAAGACUUGGAACAUGGACAGUCGCCCACGUCCGCAGUUGAACCGCAGAAGGUUUGGCAGACUUGACGUCUAAAAUGUCAAUAUAUUUAAAGCUAAAGUACAAAUUUGUGUGAGGAGUGAGUGUGUGCGUGAAUCGAUUUGAACUGUACAAAUUAUGUGCCACAUUGGCACACCAUGAACAGACAUAGUCUUGUUUUAUUAUUGGUUUUAUUAAUGGUAAUAUUGUAUAGUGUAGUGUAAUAAUUGCUCAAAUCAUCAGAUGAACAGAGCCAUUUUUGCAAUGCUGAGUCGCCAAAGUUCUUUUUGUUAUUUUUUUUAACAGUCCACAUUUAUAAAAGCAAACAUUUUAGUCCUCUAUAUAUUAUUUUUUUUAUGUGCAAUGAUUAUGCAAUAAUUUUGUGAUGUUGCUUUUACGAAAAAAAAAUCAAACUGUGUUUGAUCUGUUAAAGCAAAUAUUUAUGUUCUAUAAUUAUUUAAUUUUUAGUAUUCAGUAUUUGUGCAUUUGUGUUCGAAACCCCCUGGCAAACAACUGUAUAUUUAUUUAUAAAAAAUUAUGUUAAUUUUUAAACAAAAAAAUAAUGUGAUUUGUCCUACGUGAGGACAGACUGAUAUAGAAUAAUCCAGGGCAUAUUGAUUAAUUAAAUACUGUAUAAGAUUUUAUAAAAGUGAUAUAUGUAUAUUAUUUUUAAUUUAUGAAAUAAACUAUAUUAUUUUUUAAAA